UUGUAAUUGUAACCAACUACAUUUCCAAAGUCAUCUUCCCAACACCGGUUGGGGAUAAUGGCUUCUUUUCGCCUGACAGUCCGAACUCGGGGUUACGCUUGACAUACGCGUCGACUUCCGUGUGUCACACCGUUUUGGGUCCCCCCGAAUGACAACACCACCAUCGACAGCCGCCGCGGUGGAGCGGGUGGAGCACAGCUGCCAGCUGCCAGCUGCCAGCACAGCGAGUCAAACAAAGGCGCUGUCAACACUUCCGCUCGGUUGUCAUUGGGCGGCGGAAGAAUGAAGAGUCGUUCCCGAGGCGCCGCUUCUGUCCGCGCUCAGCCCGCCGAGUGAGCCCGCGGGCCGGGCAUCUAUGACGGGGCUGUCUCACUUGGUGCUCCGCUUCUCGGGCACCGCGGGGCGCACCUACGGAGUCUUCUCCAAAGGCCUGACCAGGACUUUGUUGAUAUUCUUCGGUCUGGCCUGGCGACUGCGAAUCAGGUUCCCGUACAUCUACCUUGUCGCCUCCAUGAUGUUUAACGUCAGGCUCCAGUGUCAGUGAAACAUGAGAGUCCAGAGAUCAAACCAACCAAGCAACCAACAUUAGCUGAGAUGAUUGGCGGCACCGUCUUGGAUUUGGAACGUUGACCCAUCAGUCAGCGUUUCGGGAGCAAUCGACUUUCGCGCAUGCCCGACCGACAUCUGGAGCACGUCUCGAAAAUCCCGAGAAGCCCCGCCCCCUUCGACUUCCGACUUGAUGUAAGCCACCAGAAAGAAAUCAGAAACCACAUGCUGCUGCGAGCUCAGGUCCACAUUGAGAUCCACUGACGCCGGCGGCCAUGACUCGUGCGCGACCGAGCGCCGCGCCUCCGGACGAGGACGACGACGAGGACGCGGCGUUUCCGGGGCGGCGGGCCCGGAGAUGAUGACGCGCGAGAGGGGCCCGCGGGCCCCGCUUGAGCUUCCGGAGCUGACCCGUUUUUUGGUUUUUUUUUGGAUGACGCUGCCUUUCUGAUCUCCGGUUGUCAGAAUAUCCACCGUCGACUUUCACACACGACUUCAAAACAAGUUUGGGAUAUUAAGUUUGCGGCUGAAACACAAUAUUAGACUGGUUCUUGAACUUUUUACACCAAGUAAUACCUACCAAAAUUAGUUUUUUUUGUUUUUUACCACUCUCGUGACCAACAUUAAAGUACAUUAGGAUGGGGCGCUGCCUUCAUUCAAGCCAAUAGCAUCUUUCCUGAUGAUGUGGUCGUACGAGGCUUAAAAAAGGAAGUGGCCGCCAAGCUCGGCGUGUCGUCAGCACGCUGCAACAGAGACACUGGAAGAGUCACAGAAAGGCGUAAAGUGGAGCUCCUCGUAAAUGUUCUUGGAUCGGACACCGAUUGUGAAUUUUGCCGUUCAGCUCUUUGUUGUUGAACAGCAAAUUGCGAAAAAAGUACUGAAAGUUUCAGCAGUUGGCCACACAUAGCGCACAUGCCAAAAAGGUUCGAGUGCGUUUUAGCUUCAUCCUGAAAUUCUCCCCAAAUCAUCAUCAUAUCCCAAACUUUUGGUGAGCAGUGUAUCUUUUGCUAUCAAGUUUGACCUUUGUGUGUCUGCUGUGACGUGUCCAUGGAAGCGCAGCGCACACGCAGGACUUUUUGUGUGGAGACUUGAAUUGAGGUUGCGCUUUUGUAGUACUGGAGAGCGAGUACACCGGCUACCUCGACACAGCGCCCCCUCGUGGAAACAUGUGGGAAAUGCGGCAUGGACUCAUCCAGUCAUCAACUCACGCUUUAUUUCUGCUCAUCACGUGGUAAUGGAAAAAAAAAAAAAAAAGGUGGCAUUCAGAAAGAAAGAAUAUGUUGUUGUUGUUGUUUUUGCUCAGUCUUGAUUGCGGCACGAUCAAGAUGAAUGAAUUUGUAAAAGCAAUAAAUUCAUCCAAUCAAGCAUCGCAGCAUUUUCACUGAAUCGCUGAUGCAAAUUCGACAACAUUGCUUCAAAAAAAAACAAUUUUUUUUUUUAAGGCAGAGUUAAUUUUUAGAGGUGUAAAAAAAUAAAUAAAAAGAUGUGAUAAAAGUCA